AUGUCUACCGAUAACACUUCCACUCUCAAGUCCUACGUCGACUCCGCUACCGGAGCCGUCCAGAACGCUGUCGGUUCCAUCAUUGGCAGCAACGGCGAUCAGGUCGAAGGACAAGCCAAGAAGGAGAAGGCUCAGGCUGAGUACGAUGCCUCGCAUGCCACAGCCAAACUCCCCGGCUUCACAGCUUCUUCGUCCGGCGCCGUGACCAAGGACCAUCCCGAUCGCAAUGCCGGUUCAUACAACCAGACUGCCGGUGCUGCUAAGGAGUUUGUCGGAGGAGUGCUCGGCAAUGAGAGCCUUAAGCAGUCCGGCCGCGAGCAGAACCUUCAAGGUCAAGAGCAAGAAGCCAAGGGCCAAAUCAACGACUACGUUUCCGGUGCCGCCGAUCGUGCUGCUGGAACCCUCGGCAGCGGUAUUGCCGGCCUGACGGGUGACCGGGUCAAGCAAGCUGAAUACCAGGACCAGCACGACACCGGCAAGACUCAGCAACGCGGAGCCGAACACGACAUUGUCAAGCAGGCAGAGGCGAAGCAGUAA